AUGACCGGCACUUUAGAUCCUCCUCCCGAACUGCAGUCACGGUUGAACCCGAAGCCACAAGCUGCUCCCGGAUCACCAGUCGAAAGCGUCACCCCCAUCGACGACCUGAAUUCUCCACUACACUACAACCUCGGACCUCUCCCGGAGAGCGACCUGCCUCUGCUUGACCUUCUCGACCUCAGCCAGCUCGACACCAUCCACGACCUCGACGCACGUUUCCAUCGCAUCGCCCAUGAGCUCCUCCACAACCAUCUUAUCGAGGUCCGAUCUCCGUCCCGAACAGAUCACCUUCAGCUGCUGGAGAUCGAGGUCUACCUCUACAAGUCCGGCUGCCACGAGGACCCGUUCACCCACGCCAGCCACGAGCAGAGCCAGUGCGGCAGAUGGUACUUCCACCGCCCGCCUGGGCGCACGCAUGACCCCGGCUUGUGUCUGCCGACCAUUGUCAGCUCGAACGGCUACCGGGGUGGCUCCCGCAAAGGCCUGGACCUCACCAUCGGCAGGCCCGGCGCCCAGGCCACGCAUACAUCCAAAUACUUCCCCCUCCCCGCCUCCUCGACUUCGUCCUCUAUCGCCCGACCCAAUAACGACACGAAAGACGUCCUGCGCGGCGGCAUCCUCCUCCGCUCCGCGCGCCGCCUGAGCGACGGCCACGUCAUCAACGGCCCCUCCGUCCUCGUUGACAACAUCCUGCGCAUGUGCGGGGCCAAGAACAUCGAAGACCUCGUCCGCACGCACUGGCAGUCCGACAUCCACGCGUUCGAGCCCGCCAGCGCCGCAAAGAGCGGCACCGGCGUUCCCACAGGACGCCUCUCCACAGGCAAGGGCAAGGGCAAAGCCAGGGCGCGCGCCGACCCCGAACCCGCACAAGGCCGCAUAUACCGCUCCCCGCGCAUCGGGCUCGACAUCUCGAACGCCACCGUCAUCGCGUUCGGGGGCCCCGGCAUCGGGCCUGCCAGCGCGGCGCACGCGUCCUCCGCCGCGUGGCACCCGCGCGUGCGCUUCGUGGGCCGGCCGUACCGCUUCUUCGUCUCCCCGUCGCUGUACACCCUGAACGGGCGCGGGCAGACGUUCGUGGGCGUGCACGACGCGCUGAUAUCCGCGGGGAUGUACGCGGACGGGGUCGCGUUCCGCGGCGAGCUCGUCCGCCUCACCGGGUACAUGUCCUCGACGGUGGACAAGUACUUCGAGGCGCUGCACUCGAGCGUGAAGAACGGGCUGAAGGGGGAGGGGAUGGACGAGUGGGUGGGGCCGAAGGGGAAGACCGUGCACGGGUCGCCGAGCGAGUGGCUGAAGAUGAUCGGCACGUUGAAGGGCUUUGGUGCGGUUCCAGGUGUCAAGGUUGUUUUGGAGUAG